UUUCAUGGGUCAAAACCCGACAGUUCCAGUGUACAAGGGUGAGAUCCAAACCAGGAACCUGGGCAUGGCCAUGGAGGCCUGGAGCCUCGACGGUAAGCCUGUGUGGGGGGAGAGCGGGGAGUCUGCCAUAAGAACGGAAGCAAAUACCACAAAGCGUACUUCUCUUCAUACCCUGGUGUAUGGGCUCAUGGAGACUACUGUAAAAUCAACCCAAAGACCGGGGGCGUCGUCAUGUUGGGCAGAAGUGACGGAACGUUAAACCCCAACGGAGUUCGCUUUGGCAGCUCAGAGAUCUACAACAUCGUCGAGGCUUUCGAGGAAGUGUCCGACAGCCUGUGCGUAUCUCAGUACAACGAGGACGGCGAGGAGAGAGUCAUACUCUUUUUAAAGAUGGCGCCCUCUAAGCCUUUCAGUCCAGUGCUGGUGGCCAAGAUUAAAGGAGCCAUCAGGAAGGCUCUGUCGGCCCGACACAUCCCCUGCUGCUGGAGACCAAAGACAUCCGUACACCAUCAUGCAAGAGAGACAAGGAGGCUUGGGAGGCAUGUAUGGCCCGGGAACUACAGGUUGAAGAUUCCUGAACUACAUGACGUUCUUAAUUAUACGCUAGUAUCUGUAUUAACUUCUUCUUAGUCCAUUUACAUAGUCUGUUCAGUGUGGUCUACGUUCUUCAUACAGACUGGCCCACGUGGGCCAUGUCGGCGUGAGGUUCCUCCCGUUGCGGUCUACAGCUCGUGUUUGUACGCCCUCAUCUGGGAUUACUGUGUCAUCACUGUGUGUACGUUCCGUUUCUAUGUAUAUAUGUUACGUAUAUAUAUAUAAGUAUAUUUUGGACUGUUAGAAUAAAUGACAUUAAAGUUAACCUGAAACUGUUAGCCCAGUGUUGUGUCGUAACACACACUGGUUUCAUUCCUAGUCCUGAGAAAAGAAAACAUUAGAGUCGGCAAUUGUUUUAAACCA